AUGACCAGCCCCACCCGUACCAGCUCAACGCGCACAUGGAUGCUGACUCUGCGGGGCCUUCAGACUAUCCGGUUCGCUACUGCCGACAAGAAUGACCCCAGUAAGAAAGCCGGCCUCGUUGCGGCUCUCCUGAAAAAGACGCCCAAUGUGAAACGUUUGGAACUGGCUUUUUCAGGACACCUCUACUCGUACAAAGACUGCCUGGGUCCUGAGCUGCUAGAAGUGAUGUGCUCGCUCAAGAAGCUCACCGAGUUCGAGCACAAGGCCACGACGACGGCGCGCACUGAUUUCGGGAUAAGGACUCUGCUCCAGCUGGUCUCUUCCUGGCCGGAGUUACGCCAUCUGUACAUUGCCGGGGACACCAAUGGGAGGGACAACGGUGACGACAUCCCUUUGCCAACAUGCGCGAUUAAGACCGCGACAUUCGAGAGGUUGAUGGGGAAGCUGAGCAAACACGAACAACUCUUUGCCGGAUCCGGUGAGAGCCUCGAAGAGCUUGAGUUCUGGGGCAUGGGUUAUGGAGACCUCGAAGAACUCCUCAAGCCUGUGCUCAACAGCAUCGUAAGACUCAGGAUCGGCGGCUCCAACAAGCCUUCUCUAAAAUGCAUUACGGAUACUCUUAGUAAGGCGCCCAAGCUCGCUACUCUAGACAUCGGCGGUGAGAGCGAGUACGACAACGGAACUCGCGCCGCUCUAGCGAACGCGCUUCAAGUCGAAGGUUCCUUCCCAUCUCUUCGAAGUCUUCGGUACACCGCGCAACACGGCACGUACAAGACGGGCCGCGGUCGCAACGUACGCGAGCACGAGUACGAGAACUCGGGCGAGACAGAGCUGUUGCAGGCAGCGCGUGAGCGUGGUAUCUGGGCCAGUGCUGGCACGGAACUGGAGUACAAGGUCGAAGGAGCCCAGAGGCGGGCAGGUAUCAUCGCCGCGAGGGGCCGAUACGGAGGCUGGUAA